AGGGCCCGGGUCCUCCAUUCUCGGGCUGCUUGUGUGCGUGCCCGAUGCAACGUGCUUUCUAGACCCCACCCCACCCCGCCUGCCCCCCAGCGAAAAUCCCAACCCUGUGUAAGGGGUGGGGGGAGGAGGUGGCCGAGCUGAAGGGCACCUCAAGGGUAGCCGUAGCCCCGGGCCUGGCAGUUCGGAGAACAGGUGCUGCAGGGUCUUGACGGGUCUCCGUGACGACAGGCGGGCCCGGCGCCGCGGGAACCUCCAGCAUCGGUGUGUCGCCUCUCGCCCGCCGCGCUCGGGGGUGGGCGGGAGCGCCCGCAGCUCCGGCGAGUUAGAAGCCCUGUCGGCGUUGCCUCCCACGCUCCGCCAUGCCGACCGUGCUGGGGUUCGAGGGCAGCGCCAACAAGAUCGGCGUGGGAGUGGUGCGGGACGGCGCGGUGCUGGCCAACCCGCGGCGCACCUACGUCACGCCCCCGGGCACAGGAUUCCUUCCAGGUGAUACUGCCAGGCACCACCAAGCAGUUAUCCUGGACCUGCUGCAGGAGGCACUAACAGAGGCUGGGUUAGCCUCCCAGGACAUUGACUGCAUUGCCUACACCAAAGGCCCUGGCAUGGGUGCCCCGCUGGCUACUGUGGCUGUAGUGGCCCGCACGAUAGCCCAGCUGUGGAAUAAGCCGUUGCUGGGGGUGAACCACUGUAUAGGCCACAUUGAGAUGGGCCGCCUCAUCACUGGAGCCACCAGUCCAACCGUGUUAUAUGUCAGUGGAGGAAACACACAGGUGAUUGCUUAUUCAGAACACCGUUACCGAAUCUUCGGGGAAACCAUCGAUAUUGCUGUGGGUAAUUGUCUGGAUCGUUUUGCUCGGGUGCUGAAGAUUUCCAAUGAUCCAAGCCCAGGCUACAACAUUGAACAGAUGGCAAAGCGAGGCAAGAAGCUGGUUGAGCUGCCGUACACUGUAAAGGGGAUGGAUGUCUCAUUCUCAGGAAUCCUGUCUUUCAUUGAGGAUGCAGCUCAGCGGAUGCUGGCCACAGGCGAGUGCACUCCUGAGGAUCUGUGUUUUUCCCUACAGGAAACUGUGUUUGCAAUGCUGGUAGAGAUCACAGAGCGAGCCAUGGCACAUUGUGGCUCCCAAGAGGCCCUCAUCGUGGGCGGCGUGGGGUGUAACGUGAGGCUGCAGGAAAUGAUGGAGACAAUGUGCCAGGAACGUGGAGCCCAGCUAUUUGCCACAGAUGAGCGAUUCUGUAUUGACAAUGGAGCCAUGAUAGCCCAGGCUGGCUGGGAGAUGUUUCAGGCAGGAUAUAGGACUCCCCUCAGUGAAUCUGGGAUCACACAGAGGUAUCGGACGGAUGAAGUGGAAGUGACCUGGAGAGACUAAUCUCUGUCCUGAUACAGGAGUCCUGGCAAUCCUUGUCCAUCAUCUGAACCCCUUGUUAAUAACUCCACAAUAAAAUAUUUUUGGAUUUGUU